AUGGGCGUCAUCAAGAAGAAGACUGCAGUGCGCGGGACGGAGGGCGGCGUGAAGUACAUUUGCGACGUCUGCUCCGCCGACAUCACCUCCACAGUCCGAGUACGAUGCGCCAGCGACACCUGCAAAGAGUACGAUCUCUGCGUGUCCUGUUUCGCCGAGGGCAAAUCCAGCGGCGACCAUGACCCCAAGAACCAUUCCUUCUUGGUCAAAGAACAGCACUCGAUACCCAUCUUUACCGACGACUGGGGCGCCGACGAGGAGCUAGCACUGCUCGAAGGGGCUGAGACAUACGGGCUGGGCUCGUGGGGGGACAUCGCGGAUCAUAUCGGCGGGUAUAGAGACAAAGAGGAGGUUUCUAAGCACUACAUCGACACGUACAUCACCAGCGCUAAGUUUCCCUUGCCUGAACAUGCUAGUCCUUCAGAUAAGGAGCUCAGUGAGCGUAUACCGCGGGAUGAGUUCCAGGCGCGGAAAAAGCGGCGCAUCGAGGAGAGGAAGGAGGCGGCCAAGAAUGCGGGACCGGCAACGCCCAAAACGAAGCCCACCGCUAGCGUGCCUGCUUGCCAUGAGGUCCAGGGGUAUAUGCCAGGCCGUCUUGAGUUUGAGACGGAGUACUUCAACGAAGCCGAGGAAGCUGUCCAACACAUGCAAUUCGAGCCCGGGGAUGGGAUCAACCCACGCACUGGCGAGAUGGAGCCCGAGAUGGAGCUGAAGAUGACGGUGAUGGACAUAUACAACUCUCGCCUGACAGCCCGUGUGGAGCGCAAGAAGAUACUGUUCGAGCAUCGACUGCUGGAAUACAAGAAGAACACCGCCGCCGACAAGAAGCGGACAAAAGAGGAACGUGAGCUAUACAACAAGGCGAAACCCUUCGCGCGAAUGAUGAAGCACGAAGACUUCGAAGAAUUCUGCAACGGCAUCGCCUACGAGCAAAACCUACGGCAGGCAAUAGCGCAACUGCAGGACUGGCGCCAGAUGCAGAUAAGCGACCUCCGGGCCGGCGAGAAAUACGAGCAAGAGAAGCACGCGCGGCUCGCGCGGGGGGCAGCCGUCAACCCCUUCGACCGGCUGGCAUCAAGUAGGAUCAGCAAGCCGACACCCCCCGUAGACACACCGACCGGCACCUCUUUGCUCACCGCUCCCGAGCUGCAGAUCCGCAACCGGACCGGCCUCUCCACGCCUCCGCACUCGGUUUCGCCAAUCGACAGAGCGCUUACGAACGGCAGCGCCAACGGCGUCCUGACACCCGCACAGCCGAACAAGCAGGAGUUCGUCUGCCAGCCCGUCGCAGGUAUCCCAUCGCUCAAGAUGAACAACGAGAACGCGGUGGGCUGGCAGCUGCUGAGUCCAGCGGAGCAGAAGCUCUGCAUGAUGCUGCGGAUCCAGCCGAAGCCGUACCUGGUGAUGAAGGAGGCGACUCUCGAUAGGGCGAUACGAGAGGGCGGCGCGCUGAAGAAGACGACGGCGAAGGAGAUUUGUAGGAUCAAUGGCAAGAAGGUGGACCGGUUAUAUGAGUUUUGGGUUCAUAGCGGGUGGAUAGAGAAGGCGUAG